UCAGCUGAUGAAACCGUUUACUAAGAAUUUACCUGAAACCUCGGGCAAUUUAGGUCCGCGUCUGACGGUCGCAGGCUCGUGCGAGUUCGUUUUUAACCUUUCUUUUUCAAUCGACCGCAGGUUAGUUUUAUUAAAGGAGUUGCCAGAAGAAAUGGAACAGUAGAAACAAAGAAGAACGUUACUUGAAUUAUAUAAGUGGUUUCUAGGAAUCGUGAAUACCUGAGGAUUUUUUUUCUGGGCCGAGAAAUCUCAAAAUGUGGCCCACAUUAUUGUCCGUCGGCAUCUUUGGGUGUCUUAUAGGGAUUUUGCCGUGUUACGCUCAGCAAUGUGGCCGACCACCAUUAAGGGAGGACAGAAUCGUGGGAGGGGUAGAUGCAGCAAAUGGGGCCUGGCCUUGGCAGGUAGACAUACAGACUGCAAAUGGUCACAUCUGCGGAGGCUCCAUCAUAUCGCAGAACUGGAUCCUUUCAGCUGCUCAUUGUUUCACAAACCCAUCUGACGUGAGUUCUUACAUCAUCUACACGGGCCGGUACCAGCUGAAUAACUUCAACCCGAGCCUGUCAUCAUAUAAAGUGAGUCAGGUGGUGAUCCCAUCCGGUUACACGGACCCCCACACUGGCUUCGACCUGGCCCUGGUGCAGCUGUCCAGCCCAAUAACCUGGUCCAGUUACGCCCAGCCCAUCUGUUUACCUGCGUCCAGCGUCCAGUUCCCAAAUGAUAUGCUGUGCUACGUCACUGGAUGGGGGAACAUCAGGGAAGGAGUCUCUCUGCCUGGAGUCGGGACUCUGCAGGAAGUACAGGUGCCAAUCAUCUCCCAGAGUUCAUGCCAGCAGAUGUACCAGACAAACCCGACGGAGCAGGUGGACAUCCUGAAUGACAUGAUCUGUGCUGGAUACCCGGGUGGUGGCAAAGACUCCUGCCAGGGUGAUUCGGGAGGCCCUCUCGUCUGCAAGAUGGUAAACGGGACCUGGGUGCAGGCUGGGGUGGUGAGCUUUGGACUGGGCUGUGCUAAGGCAAACCGGCCAGGCGUGUAUACCAGACUGACCAGCUACUCCAACUUCAUCCUGGGGAAGGUACCAGACGCCCAGCUGUACGGCCGAGCAAACGGGAACUGGUGUGAGAGGGCGGCCGUGUGGAUAAGUAGUCUGUCGACCCUGCUGGUCCUGCUACACACUUAAAGAACUGAACUACAAACUGGAAUCUUAAGAUCAAAGCUCAAUGACUCAGACCAGUAUUUAGUCAUGCACAUGAAGCCAUAUUUAACAAAAAUCUGUUUUUAGAACUAAAACUAUGAAUUAUGGUCUUCAAAAUAGUAUCUAUUAAAUGAUUUAUAUUCUCUUGUGUACAUGAAAUAAACUUUUUUU